AUGUCAGCCAAACAAGACUCUCUCAUUCAGUGGAUCACCAAGCUCAACGAUGCUCUCUUCAUUCAACCCAGCGACGAAACCGCCAUCAAGGCUAUAAAUGAGGAUGUUGAUUCAAGCCUAGUCACCAAGAUCAAUCACAACGUGUACACCUACGACCAGUUCAAAGGAGGUCUUCUCUACGUCCGUGGCUCGACGACAGCGGUCCAAGACGAAUUCUCUGAGAUUCUCACGUGGGAGGAUCUAGAGAAGGGCGAUGGUGUUGUGGCUGUAUUGAGCAAAUGGAGGACCAAGCAUAAGGAAACAGGCGAGGAAACGACGAAGACAAAUGUGAUCCUCUGGGAGGUGAAGUUGAUUGAUGGGAAGAGAAAGCUUACCGGACAAACCGAGGUGGAGGCAAUUUAG